AUGCGUCGAACAGCCACUACAAUGUCUUCAAUGAUGACGCCAUAUUCAAUGAAACCUGAAGGUGACAUUUCUUCAGUGUUUGCCUCUCUCUCCGGUGUCGAUGCUGACAAACCUCUCGAACCUAGAUUCGCACAAUUGAAAGCGAAAAUUAUUAGAGGUCAUGAGCAACAGGUCAAAGAUAGUUGGUAUCGCCUACUUGAUGCUCUGAAACGCGAAAAUGCGAUCAUUCGUUCUUCACGCAAAACAAUUAUUCCUGAGGUUGACUUCAAUAAUAUGAAGAAUCUUUCAUCUGAUUUAAUCAAUGAGAUUCGUACUCGUGGCUCAAUGAUUGUGCGAGGUGUUUUUCCUGAAAACGAUGCCCUAAAAUUAAAAACAGGCGCUGAAGACUACAUCAGACAAAAUCCACACACCAGAGCCUUUCCCCAAGACAAACCAGUCGUAUUUGAAUUGUAUUGGUCACCGUCACAAAUUCGAGCGCGUGCAAAUCCUCGAGUAGUCGAAACACUCGCUUUCGCCAACUCAUUGUGGCAUGCCUCGCCGUCGACUCUUAUUUCGUUGAAAGAGAAUACUAUCUAUGCUGAUCGACUGCGAAUUCGUCAACCGGGUGAUGCUCAAUUUGCUCUUGGCCCACACGUCGAUGGUGGUAGCAUUGAGCGAUGGGAAGAUCCAGAGUAUCAAUCAUGCUAUACGCCUAUUUUUGAAGGUCGAUGGGAAGAGAACGACUUUUUCGAUGCUACUCAUCGUGUUGGUGCGAACAUGUCUCUUUACAAUACGGUUGGUGGCUGUUCAAUGUUUCGUUCGUGGCAAGGUUGGCUCAGUGCUUCCACCGUUGGCCCAGGUGAAGGGGGUCUUUUAGUGAAUCCACUCUUAAAAUUAGCCGCAUCUUAUUGGCUUCUUCGACCAUUUUUCACGAAAACUGAAAAAGGAAACGCUUGGCAGAUCGAUACAUCGAGUAUUUGGCAGGGUGCUAUUCCUGGUCGAGGCCAAGAAAUGAACGAGAAAUUGCAUCCUGAGCUAGAAUUAUCUACAUCAAUGGUUUCUAUUCCGAAGGUUCGACCAGGUGACAUGGUCUUCUGGCACUGUGAUACGAUCCACGCAGUUGAUAGUGUACAUCGUGGUCAACUUGAUUCGAGUGUUUUCUACAUUCCAGCAGCGCCCUUGUGCGAAGUCAAUGUUAAAUAUUUGGCUCAACAACGUAGUGCCUUCUUACAAGGUCUUCCACCACCUGAUUUUCCUGGUGGCGAAGGAGAAUCACGUCAUGUUGGUCGCGCGACUCCAGAAGAGGUGACAAGGCUUGGUGGUGGUCGUGCUAUGGGUCUUGAGUUAUUUUCAAUCAAAUCGGAUAUGACAUCAGGCGAAAAAGAGAUGAUAUCACGAGCUAAUGCAAUAUUAAAUUUCUAA